CUGUUCCUUCCUCCUUUGCAGCAAUUCAAGCAUCACCAUCACGCUGCGUUUUUGAGAAAAUUCAUCGCUUGUUUUGGCAGUCGUGAAGAUGCAAGAUACUCUGUUGCGUGUGUUUGUGGUGGCUGUUGGACUACUAACGUGUCCGAGAGAUGACCCUGGGGUCCAAGAACGGGAUGAUAUAACCUCAGUGGGCAUGCAGAAGCACGAAGAGAGGCAGCAGAUGGGAGGUGAGAAAGUGCACCACGAAAUGGCAUCUGUCAAUGAGGAAAUGACACAUACUGACAGUGAAGGGCCUCUGGAUGAUGGACAAAACAUUGCCGAGGAAGAAUAUCAGGCUGAAAAACCUCACAUGUCGGAGGAUGUGACCGCUCUCAAGACUUCACAACUUGAACAUAAGCAAGAGGGAAAUUCAGAGAUGGGCAUGGAGAGUAAGACGGGAGAAGACGUCCAGGCUGAUGACUCUUUUAGAGACCUAAACAGACCACAGGGGACACGAGUAAAGCCUGAGGAAGUGGUGCUCAGCUCGAAGGAACAGUCACACCUUCACACCAAGACUUCAGAAAAUGAAGCUUCAGAUGCGGCCUGGGAGAGAGAUUUCCUCUGGUACCUAUGGAACACAUGCUCCAUAAUUUCCAUCAUUCGCUUCUUCAGGAAAUACCUGGGGAGAAACUCUCAAAUGAAUCAAGAAGAAACCUUUUUGUUUCCAGGCAUUGCUGCUCAAGUGCCACUUUUAGACACGGACACUCUACAAAGAUUUCAUUCGAAAUAUGUGAGGGUGCCCUCCAGUAAGAUGUGGAAAGAGGAGUUCUUGGAGGGUUUUGCAAAUGAUCUCUUGGAGGCCAUGAGGACUGUGAGUGACAAAAAUGGUGGUAUGGUGAUUGAAGACUUCCAGAUGGUGGAUGUGUGUAGCAUCAUCGUCCCUUUCACUCCGCCUGAUCCGUGCAGUUUUCAGUUUCUGUUCGGGAACAACCAGGCAAGUGACCUGCAGCUAGAUAUGCAAGUACGCGGUCAAAUAAAGCUGUUGGAAAAAAGGGCGGCCAAAGACGGCUGCCCCUGUCAGUCCCCCGAUGUAGAGGAUGAUGAUAUGGUCUGCCUGCUGCAUUGUGAGGCAGAGAAAGUUAAGGUGAAAGUUUGUGAUGUUUUUGAUGACCCGCUUUGUGUGAAAGACUCCCCGUUCCUGUCACAGUCAAAGGUAAUCAGAUGGUUUCAGAGCACCGUCAAACAGGCAUGGGCACAGAUCUCACACAAGUAUGAAUUUGAACUUAAUAUACGCUACAUUGAUGCGCCGGGUGCUCUGGUAGUUCGAUUCAGAUCAGGGAAGAAGAUUAGCUUCAGUAUGAAUCCAGUGGUUAAAUUCAACAAUGAUGCUCAUUUCUUCAUCACUCCUUGCUCCCCGACAAACUUGGAUACUUUCUGGACUCUCUCCCUGACCAACUAUGAGGAUUCUUUCUUCAAAAACAUUUCCAAAAGUCUGCCUGAGAACUCAUGCCACAGUCAAGUUCUUGAAAUUGUCAGUUUCCUUCACAGGAGACAAACGGCUCUUUCAGGAAGUAGUGCCCUCAAGGAAUUUCAUUUCAGAGCUACACUGAUGCAUCUGCUUUUGACCACGGAGGCGUCACAGUGGAAACCCGAGCAGGUGGCUUAUAGGCUGCAAGACUUACUGGUCUUCAUGGAGAGAAGCCUUCAGAAAAAGCUGCUGCACCAUGCUCUUAUUGGGAACCCUUUAGCGGGGACGGUUAUCCAACUUCCUGCUUACUUUACUCAAGCAGAGUCAGUGAAUCUCUUCCAUCCCCUUGUGGUUCACAACUGUAUGUACAGAUGUGCACUGGUGCAUUUCCAGGAAAUGCUUAAAAAUGCUCAUGUGCUAAUACAUGAUUAUAUUGAACAGCGUGUUGACAAUGCUGAAUGUUCUGUUUGAACCCAAGUGUACAAUUGCUGUCACCUUACUAUGUUUGAAUGUUUUGCAUUUUUAAUAAUGAAAUACAAACUUCAGGUACAUGAUAUAAAGCAGAUAAUUGUAUCACUUCACAGAACAAUCUUUUAGUAAUCAUGCUCCCAGUAGUUUAGGAACUCUUUAUGCUCCACCAUGUCGGGGUCCUGCAGAUUUAAGGUGUCAUCAUCCAUUUUCAUCUGGGGUUCAAAGUCCAGCUCUCCAUCCUUACGGCUCAAGUCGACAUUCCAAGAGUGAGUGGAGAUCAUGUUCCUAGAAGCUGUAGUAAACAAAAGUAGAAAUUGGUUAUAAGGCAUUUUACACUGAUUGCUUUAUUCACGGGAUAAGCACACAUGCCUUUACUUUAACCUGCUAGGCUGUUGAAUCUUGUUCACAUUUACAGAAUUUCAUUUAAACACAUUUUAAGACUCGUUUCCAUGAUCUGUAAACUUACUCUUGGAUGAUGCCGAGGAGCAGGAGGAAUCACAGCAGGUGCACACGGACGGAGUUAUCACCGUACAC